UCUUCAACGGCCAGCACCAAAACGGAACGUCUGCGUGAGUUGACGGAGUUGCUCACGAAGGGUGGCAGUAGAGGAUCGUCAGUACCACCGGCGCCUCCUCCACCGCCACCGCCUCCUCCGAUACCACCACCACGGAGGGCUAAACAAAGUCACAGUAUCGAUCGAGGUAGUGGUACACCGAUGAAAGCCACUACCUCGACCACCAGCCUGAUCGAUUCGAUCCUCAGUCAGUCCACCGGUGGCGAGAUGAGCCCGAUGGCCGCCAAGAACAAAGUAUCCCGAUCGGUCGAUCUUCCGUACCGGUUCGCGGACAGUGGUCAGCGUAUGUCGACACCGAGCUCACCGCAACCGGAACACAAACCCCAGCUCAGUCUGCUGCGGGCCAACGUAAGCACUUCGAACCUGGAGGUAGCACUCCACGACGGAACGACGGCACGGCCGUUAGCAAAGGGAGGCCAACCGAGCUCGCCUGGAAGGGGAGCCGACUCGGAAACGACACUCAAGAUGGCGGACGACGAGGAUCAGCAGCUGUUUGUGAAACUGUCACGACCGGAAUCGCGCACCAUCGUCGGUUCGUACACGCAGAAGACGAUCCCGUUCCGUAGUGCAUCGUUCUCGCAGGUCGAUUACUCGUCCGGCAAGUACAUCCGGUCGGCACUCGGUGCACUCAAGAACAGUCUGCUGUCAUCGAAGGGUGGCAGUGGCAAAGAUUCCGCGACAGUCACCGGUGAUGAAACCGGUGCCGGGAAGCUGGAAUCGACUGCUCGUAGCUGUAGCCCAACGGAACUGUGCGGUGGUCCUACUACGACCGCCCGGUACGCGGAAGACACGGAUGUGGCCAAACUGACGAUCAAGAAGACGGAACUGAGCAUCAACCUGAUGCCGAUGGCCGACGACUUUGGACGUUUGGUGUGUGACGAUCGGAUGAAGCGGUUCGAGGGUAAGGAUCUUGCCUCGAACCGCAACUCGGACAUCGAAACCAUCGUCGAGGAUCCGGUAGCGGAACACGUGGAGAAUGUGGAGAAUCCUGCUCCUGCACCUUCUCCUCCUCUUCCUCCUCCUCCUCCGGGUGAUGAGGAAGGAUCGACGACGCUAAUAGUGAACCCCGCGGCUAGUAUUAACGUGAUGCAGGCAUCGGAGAUGGUACUAAUAGAACCUCCGGUUGAGGAAGGCAUUCCGAUCACUCCCUGCUCGCUGUCGAAGGAUGACGAGUGUUUGCAGCAGGCCACGACCUGCCUCAUCCCGGUGCCGGUUUACGAUUGUGUGGUGAGCGAGUGGAGCACGGCCAAACCAUCGGAACAGUGGAUCGAUGCGUCGAUGACGGAGUACAGCAAGUUCCAGGACUGUCUCGGUAGCAUCAAGGAGGUGAACGAGAGUGCGAUCGCGGAGGUACUGCCGCCGAUGCCACCACCAUCGAUGCCGGAAUCAUCCUCCUCGAUCGAGGAAGAGGAAGUUGAGGAUGAGGAUGCGGAACUACCGGUGGAGAAGAUCACGAUUGCGCGGCCACCACAAAUCAUAGAACCGCUCGACACGACCAUCGAUCUGUCGGAGGCGGAUGUCGGUGCCCUCUUCUGUACACCGCCCGUUUCGAUCAUCUGCACCGAGCCGGAAAGCAACGAGUUCACGACGAUCAUCGAUGGUGCAGGAGGUGUUGGUGGUGGUACUACCCCCAGUGGUGUUGUUAGUGGUACCCAGCACAAGGUAUCGGUCGUGCUGGAUGAUGGCAGUGAGGUGGUCGAGGUGGUUGAAGUCCGUAAACGGCACAGCAACAACGAGGAUGCCGGUGGGGACACACCGAGUAGCCGCCAUUCGAACGAGCUGGACGAGAAGCGACGCCUGGAGUCACGUAAGUCACGCCGGAAAGGCAUCUACAUCCAGUGGCCGGCGAUCGAUGGGAAUGGGAGUGAACUGGAACCGGAUGGGACCACCGCCGGUGCCGGUGCCGGUGAUGGUUCCGUGCUAGUAGCUUCGCCAUCGUCGGUCACCGGAUCUUCCUGCGAGGACCGGCAUGCCGGCAACUGGACGCAUAAGGUCCGUAACGAGAAGGAUUCGAGCUUGGAGCUAAGCGGCGAAAGCUUCACCGAUUUAAGUGGCCGCGAAGAUGGUGUCAGUGGAAAAGAUGGUAUGGAGCGACCGGGCACGUACUCACCGGACGCCCGGUAUCGGCUGGAUCCGACAACGCCCGAUUCGGACACUGGCAGGAACGCACCGGUGUGGCCGGUUAAGGGUGAUGCGGCGGCCAACCAUCACCGAAGGCAGAGUCUAACGUAUCAAAGCUCGGAUGAGAAGGACGAUACCUUGGCGUUGGCCCCGGCGGCAACGGGCGGUGUCCGGUCGCUCAAGUCAACCUUCCUACGCUCGGACUCGGUAUCCGAUUGCGAGAGUGAUCGUGCUUCGUCCCGUGAUCGUACCAGCGCUUCACCGGCCCCUGGCGCUGGCACCGAUGCCGAUUUGAAGCGCUACUCGAAGCGACCACUCCGUGGUCCGUACGGUCAGAUGC